AUGGAGGUUCUUGGGGAUUUUGUCGACUUCCCGUCGCCGCCGCCUUCAAUGUAUUACGUCUACGGUGAACAAGAGCCAUACCUGUCCGAAUCGUCGCAAAGUCCAAAUAACUCGAGCUCACCUCCUAUGUUCCCUGAAAAAAAUAAAAUGGGGUUGAACUCUAACAAUUCUAUGCAGUACCCGAGCCCUGGGCAAGAUGAGAAUGAGCCCGCAGAAUCAUCAGAGCAGCAAAAGCCAGCGGCAAAGCGGAAACGCGAGAACCGUUACAAAAACGCGCCCCCCGCGGUGUUGUCCCGACGGAGAGCACAAAACCGCGCCUCGCAGCGGGCGUACCGGGAGCGCAAAGACCAGCGGAUAAAGGAUCUCGAACAGAUGCUCAGCGACGCAAAGCAGCGAAACGACGUUCUGAGCCAAGCGUACGCCUCGCUCCACGCCGAAUACCUCAACCUCAAGAGCACUCCGCUCGGCGACGCCAGCUAUCCACCCCAGUUCGACAGCAUACCGUACGGCAAUGGCAGCGCUCAUGGGACAACAAUGCCGAUGAAUCCCAGUGGCGUGGACGGGAUUGGGGGUGUCGACAUGUUCGUCUACGGCGAUCUGAGCACCACAAACUACACCCUUUAA